AUGCUAAGAAGGUACUCUACUAAAAAGGCUUUUACUUGCUUCUACUGGGUAAAUGGAGGCUGCAAACACAGCGCCGACCAAUGCAAAUUUGUCCAUGAAUAUACCGACCGGGUUGCUAAGCCGCCAAAGCCCCCUCGAUAUGGUGAGGAAAAAGUACCCCCUGAAUGCCUCCUGAAGGCUUGUUUAUGCAGUUCUGCUCACUGUCUACCAGCAUCAGCAUGGCGAGAGGACAGGGUCGAGACGAAGAAUCUUAUAGAUCUGCUGUCCACUGGAAGCGAGACCAGCGAUUCAAAGGAGCUUGACUCAGUUGAUACCUCUAAUCAGACUGCUGAAGCUACUCGGCCCGCGCAGAUCGUGUGCCGGGCUAUUGAGGCCGGACACGACUAUGGCCUUGUCAAGGAGCUUCUCACAAAUUACUCUCGGUCAGGAGGCAGUGAUACCAUCUCAGCAGAAGAGAAACUGGACAUACUGCUAUCAGUUAUAGCUUGCAGCCGGACUGAUCUUGUUGACCUGGUCAUUGAAAAUGGGGCAGACCCCAACGGCACGGUGCACAAUUCUGAAAUACCCCUUCUCGGAUCAGCCAUAUUGAACAGAAACUCGGCUUCAGUCUCGAUUGUCAGGUCACUUUUGGCUGCGGGUGCCGAUCCAAAUUCGAUUCCAAAGUCACUAUGGGAACACGGAAUCUACACGUAUCAGGACCUAGAAGCGGACGACGACGAUGAAUUCAUGGACUCUGGCCUGAAAGCGUUGAACGAUACCCUUGAAGAAAGCGUCAAUGUUUCAAUCAAAAAUUGUCUUUUUCAGGCCACCAGGACCUUACCUCCUCUCCCGGCAAGCAUUGAGAUGUACCUGUUGCCGUUUAUCAAAAGAAUAUCACGUAUAGAGCAUACGUUGAUCGGCCAGAGAAUCGCGAUAAAAUGGGUGAGGAUGUUUCUAAUCAUGAAAUUUAUGACGCGAACAAACGCUCCGUUGGUUAUGGCGUUUGUUGGACCGGCUGGCCAUGGAAAGUCGAGUCUUGCCAAAGAACUAGGCACAUUUAUACCAAUCUCCAACCUGAAGAAGGUAGACCUAGACGAUGAAGAAGAAGAAGAAGAGGAACUCUCAAGUAAUAGAAGCUCUCCAAGCACAUCAAGUGAACUGCAGGUUAUAUUUGUUGACAAGGGUGAUAAAGCUGAGUACCAGCGGCUACUAUCCUUCUUAGAAGGGGAAGAGACUUGGUACUAUCUAAAUGAAGAGAGCAAGGUGAUUAUUGACCGAUCAAGUACCUUAUGUAUCAUCGCAGCAUCAAGCGGGGAGGACAGGGUAAUGGAAUAUUAUGAUCUCAACUCGAAAGAGCUCGAAGUAGAGCUUGCAGACAAGACAAACUGGGAAUCUCGUCUACACCACGAACUAGAGCUUUGCGUUGCAAAUGACCUAGAAAAGGAGAUGGGGACUUCUCUCGCAGGGCAUAUAUCAUGCUACAUUCCAUUUGUCCCGUUCUCAAAAACCGAGGCGGCAGUCCUUGCGCACUCUUACCUUCUAAAGGCCACUGACAGUCUAGCUGAGUUCCAUGACUCCCUGCAUCAUUCUAAACAAGGCGAACCAGACAACGUCACAUUCACCCUGGACGCCCAGGUUGAGGCGUGUGAAAACCUGGCCACGACCGUGUACAUCAUCAAGCUUGGUGCUCGCUCCAUCGAACAAGGUGUCUUCAAGGCUGUUCAAUCUCAGAUGGUGCAGCAAUAUCUGAAGUCCGAUUUGCUGAAGGAGAAUGCCAGCCAGGAUGAUAAUGCGGCCAAGAAUGGUGAUAGAUGUGUCACUAUUACGGUAGGAGAAGAUUUUGCUAUUCGGCUGGAGUGA